CUGUAAAGUAAAAGCUAAGUUCUCCGAUUAUUUCUGCGUGCAAUCAAUUUUAACGGAUAUUAGCAACUUUCAACCAUCACGUCAUGAGGUGCUUACAUCUUUUGCUUCAAUCCCUGCUAUAUUCCUACAGCUCAUCACAAAAGUUAUUACAAACCGUAUCAAUAACUCCGCCCGGAAGUAAUUAAUUUCCUGAGGCUACAACUAUCACACAGUUGGUGGUAAACAUGAAACGCCAACCAGUUUGAAUGCUGGCGCAUCCAUCUUCACCGCCUCGUCGAUCUAAUUUUGCAAUCAUGCGUCCGAUCACGAUCGUCUUAUCGGGCGUGUAUUAUCGAAACGUUUAUGCUCGAACAUGUAUACUUGUACAAUCAACGACGGCGGUUAUGCUUGAUCGAAACCAGUGCCUGAUCGGAACAGGCCGAUGCUGUUGGCCCAAUUCCACAAUGUGAAGGAGUGUCUCGUGUGGAGAAUAUUGCUGGAACAGAUCGCUCUCCCUUACCAAGUUACCGACAAUAAGUAAGACAACAACAACACGCCCUGAGAAAGCACAACUCUGGGUUGGCUUGCUGGUCGGAGUCUUCUUUUGAACCUACCGCUUGCCUACGGUUGAGACACCCGCCCCGGUUGGUUGGGUGAAAGGCCGCGAAAGAGGCUCAGACACAGCGACGAUCCCCAUGGAAGUUCUGGAGAGCAGUGACGGACAGGCACGAGGUAGACGACAACAAAUAUAAAAGCCCAUCACCUGGCUGGCGGGUAAGGUUAUUCGAUACCCAGUUCGCGUCCUGUGCGCAUCGCGAGAACACUAAACGAAGAGGAUGAAAAGCUCCAAGUAUGUCGGGAUUUGCUGGAAGACGGUGGCAGUGUUUGUGCUGGCUAGCCUCGUAACAUUGGUGAACACGCAGAUCCCUGGUUUUGGUACAUGUCCGGACUAUUCGCCUAUACAACGCUUCAACAGAACGCGUUUCCUUGGAACUUGGUACGAGAUCGAACGUUACUUUACGGUCACGGAGGUUGCUACGAAAUGUGUUUCGGUUACGUACGAGCAAAGAGCCGAUGGGAAGAUUUACGUCCGCAAUGCGUACACUAACCGAUUUAAUGGCGUGGAGAGGAUCAUCUCGGGAGUGAUGGAUAAGGGUGGUAAGGCGAAGGAAGGUCGUUACCAGAUCGAAUACACCUCCUUCCCCUAUAAUUACAACGCAUCAGUGAUGGUGCUGGACACAGAUUACGAUUCCUUUGCGGUGCUGUAUUCUUGCAGCUCUUUCGGUCCGGUCGGACAUGCUGUGUCCGCUUGGAUGAUGGCUCGAGAACGGCUUCCCGGAGGUCCUGUCCUGCAGCGUGCAUACGGUGUUUUGGAUAAGUACAAGAUUUCUCGUACGUUCUUCCUCCGCACAAAUCAGGAAGACUGUGUGACGUUGCCUCCACCCGAGCCAGCUAUCGAUCCAACGGAACCAACGACCCAGGAUGCUCGUAAUGAAGGGGUAGUUGUACGGAACGAGCAGGAUCUCCAACAGUUACGCAGCGAGAUAUUUGCCGUGGGACCCAAACCAUCCAUUCCGGUCGAUCCCGUUUUAGAGGAUCAUCAGUAAUAUUACGUUUUAAGGCUUAUGAAUUUAUUAUAUUUGUAUUUUUAUUCACAUUUGAUCUAUUAUUGGAAGUCCUAAAUAAAAGUUAAUUUUAAACAGUGAACCUUUUUAAAAAAUGCCUCAAAAGACUCACGUCUUGUACAUCAUUAUAACAUGCACCAUUUUUAGCAGAUGCAGUUCCAUCCAUCUUCUCCAUUGAAUGCAACCAACAAACCAACGUUGGCUCUCAAGUUCAUGAUCACCUUCGACUUUUGCUUCGCCGCUAGCGGAACGCUAAAGAAACUGGGUCACUAAACCAUUGUGCCCUAGCGCGCAGUUCCCUCUUCCCCGUCCCGUUGGAAGUUUGGUCCGUUGACGGUGUUGAACUUUUCCUUUCGCACACCUUCGCAAUCCAUACAGGCGGCCAGCUGCUUUCGAAUGGGGGUGUGCAGGCGUAUAAACAAACCAGUUUCCACCAUUUCUGAAGACACAGCAAACAAGCACAGCGACUCGCCAGAAGGAAAGCGAGAAACGAUCUUUCAAUGCAACGAACCGCCAACGUUGAAGUUCAAUCACUCCCCUGCCAUAAAGUCGGUGAGACAUUUUCUUGUUCCUAUUUUGGAGUGAGACGAAAAAAGCAAAAAAAAAGUUAAUGAAGCUAAUGUAUUUG